AUGGCGGCCUCUGCGUCUGCCAGUCUCCCUGCGCUUUCCAGCACAACUGCGUCCUCCGGAGCCUAUCAGCUAGUUGUUAUUGCGAAGCCCAGCCCCGGCCACCCGUAUCAACAACUUGCCUCGGUCAUACAGUCCUGCCCUUGCGCGCAAAGCAUUCUGAAUCCUUGUCUCAAAGCCUUGCGGGCUCUCUCUGAUGAGAGCAACCGAGCCGGUAUUUUGCAAGAGCUCAAAUUCGCUGCCGACUACAAUGUUGGCGGCGCCGACGUUACGACUCCGGCUGACGAUUUCUACCAAACGACCGAUCGAAAAGACGCCGACUGCCGAUUCCCGUACAUCGCCGCCACAUUAGUCUCCAGCAUGGCGACUUGCUGCUUGGACCAAGGGCACUACGGUUAUGAUUGUUCCUUGGAGACGCCGUUCCACGCCGUCAAAGCUGGUCCUCUAUUAGUAACCACCGGUGAUACUCUUUACGAGGAUUGCGGUACUGACAGUGCCAUUACCGUCGGCGUCGUCGACAUUACAAAUCCAGACGAGCCCCGCUACUGCUUCCUCAACAUGGACAAGAAGUGUAUCAAGUGUGGCUUGUGGUGGCAUGGACUUGUAAAUGACACCAUCAUGGACGAUCUCGCGCUGUGGGAGACCACGGACUACACGCCUCUAUCGUGCGAUACUUUGCUACAAAUCCUGGACGUCGGUUCUGAUACAGCAGUCUCGUCUCAGAGUGAGGCACGAGGCGUGGAGGCAUCGGAAGCAUUGCGCGUGCUCCCUGUUGUCGACAGCUCUGCUCUUGCAAGUUGCUGGUCGGCUAAGGCGUGGAAUUCAAUGGGUCAGCUGGAUGCAUACUCCAUUGAUGCCUCGGCCUCUUCCCGCGACAUGGCCUCCAGUCGCGGAGCGAAAUCCCUCAGCGAGCUUUCACAGGAGAGGAUUCUUGAUGCGAUCCUCACUGGCCAUCUCGAUGACCUUGAUUUGCUAAAUGAACCGAUGCUUUUCCGCGGAUUCCUACAGUCCUUCCUCUCACUAUGUGCUAAGAGAGUCGACGAACUUGCGGUCUUCGAAGACCAAGAGCUGAUCGCAGAAUUGCUCGCCCGUCUCCUUGAAGGCAUCGACCACGUGGAUCUAUACCCAUUCCGCGUACUUCCCAUUGGCACGAUUCUACUCACACUCCACAGCGAUCGCCUCAAGGGCUUGACGACCAUUAAUUUGUCCGGUCUCUUCGACGGAUGUCCUGAGAUGAUCUGGACGGCCUUGGAUAACCUCACCACUCGACCUGAGGUGGUGUACCUUCUGAGCCCACCGAGUGCGGACAAGGCAAGUGAUGAGGAAGCAGUUCUGGAUUCAUUCCCACCUAACACUUGGUGGAAUACAUUUUGGGACCGGAUGGGCCCAACAAAGAUCAUCAUGAGUGCCGCCAUCUCCGCCGCGGUGGUUUCGCACUGUUCAAAUCGCCCAAGCACCACCCUGGGCCAGAAACAAAUCUCGAUUAGCCACCUACGCGAGAUACUUUCAGGAGAUACCUUGAGACUUCAGAAAUUGCCUCAUACUACUUGGUUUGAGCGGAACAUCUUUGGAUGGCCUGCGUUACCAUAA